GGCCUGUGGGGCGGGGCGCGCGACUGCGCCGGGCGGCGAUGGCGGCGGACGGGGACUGGCAGGAUUUCUAUGAGUUCCAGGAGCCGGCCCGGAGCCUCCAGGACCAAGAGAACUGUAACGCGAGCCCCGAGGCCGGGGCAGGGCCGGGCGGGGGAGGUGACGGCUUCCCGGCGCUGGCCUGCAGCUUGGAGGAGAAGCUGAGCCUGUGUUUCCGCCCCUCGGGUCCCGGCGCCGAGCCCCCGAGGGCGGCCGUGCGGCCCAUCACCGAGCGCAGCCUCCUGCAGGGGGACGAGAUUUGGAAUGCCCUGACCGAUAAUUACGGAAACGUCAUGCCUGUAGACUGGAAGUCAUCCCAUACUAGGACCUUGCAUUUGCUUACACUGAACCUCUCAGAAAAAGGGAUAAGUGACAGUUUGCUCUUUGAUACAUCAGACGAUGAGGAGCUGAGAGAACAGCUGGAUAUGCAUUCAAUCAUCGUCUCCUGCGUUAAUGAAGAGCCCCUCUUCACUGCAGACCAGGUUAUUGAAGAAAUUGAAGAAAUGAUGCAGGAAUCUCCAGACCCAGAAGAUGACGAGACACCCACGCAGUCAGAUCGGCUGUCGAUGCUGUCCCAGGAAAUCCAGACUCUUAAGAGGUCCAGUACUAGCAGUUAUGAAGAGAGAGUAAAAAGGCUCUCGGUAUCUGAAUUAAAUGAGCUACUGGAAGAAAUUGAGACUGCCAUCAAGGAAUACUCCGAGGAGCUGGUGCAGCAGCUGGCCCUGCGAGAUGAACUGGAGUUCGAAAAGGAAGUGAAAAACAGCUUCAUUUCUGUUCUCAUUGAAGUGCAGAACAAACAGAAAGAGCACAAAGAAACAGCCAAAAAGAAAAAGAAACUCAAGAACGGCAGCUCUCAGAAUGGGAAGAACGAGAGAAGUCAUAUGCCCGGCACACGCUUCAGCAUGGAGGGGAUCUCAAAUGUCAUUCAGAAUGGCCUCCGCCACACCUUUGGAAAUUCAGGUGGAGAGAAACAGUACUUGACGACAGUCAUUCCUUACGAGAAAAAAAAUGGACCACCAUCUGUUGAAGAUCUUCAGAUAUUAACAAAAAUUCUUCGUGCCAUGAAAGAGGACAGUGACAAGGUUCCGAGCUUGUUAACUGAUUAUAUACUGAAAGUUCUGUGUCCUACAUAAGGCGUCGGGCCAGGAGCGGCUUUCCCUUUCGUGGACCACAGGCUAGAUUUCCUAUGGCAUUGUUCCGAAAGCUGGCUACCAUCCCCUUCCUGCUGUUGGAGACUCCACACACGCGAACUUGGGUUUGUGACUCAGUGUUACUAGAUCACGCUUUCACUAAUUCUUUAUAUCACGAACCAAGAGAAGUAUGGCACGGUUUUGAAUUCUAAGGGUGUUUUUUUUUUUGUUAAAUGCUAACGGUUAGGAGCUCUUCUCUCCUCCGACUUUGUAGAGGAAGGGGGAGCGGUGUCUGCGCAGGUGCAGUCCUAUUUUUCCUGAACUGACUGUAGGCCCAGCUGAGUUUUGCGGCUUUCUAGAUCUGAACUGCACCGAAGAACUUGUUGAAAGCAUGGAGAGAGUCCUACUGUGGCCGUUCUUCAGUGAUUGCCAAGAACCCACACUGAUCUUUCUGAGGGAACUGUCAGGAUCAAUCUUACCUACCAGUAUUGUCCAGGGAGACGGACGCUGAAGUGUGGGCUGUUCUGGGAAGAUGCUGUGGCGAGCGUCGCCGGGCCCUGCUGGGGAGGACGGAGGCUGCCGCGCUUCACCACUGUCCCAGCUGUAACCAUUAAGUGGCCAUUCGCUUUCAGAAUCUUGUGUUAAAGAUACAAGACGUGUAAAUGUUUUGCUUCACGUGUCUGUGAAGAAGUGUCCUUUCAAAGGAGGUUGUCCUUUAAGGUGCUUACCUGUGUGCUGCAGCCUCGCCCCGCUCCCACUCCGGUUGUGUUUCACUCACGCCUGCUUGUCUUCCUGAAGUCCCAGUUCUGGAAGCAGCGCCUCACCCGUACAUCGCUGGUCACGAAACACUUUGGCCAGUUCCCACCAAGUCAUUGCCAUUUAAUAAAUGUUGGGGAAAAGGGUGAUACGUGCUUGAGAGACUGAGUUUUUGUUGUAUUUCUUACAAGUUUUCUUCCCUUGCAGGGCUAGAUUCUUCCCUUUACCGUUCUACAUAUUGUCACUACAGUAUGUGAGCUGGCGAGACCCUGAUUAGCUUCAUGAUGGUGAGGAGGGUUGAGGGCGACUUUUCCAGAUUGCCCCGGGCUGCUGUGGAAGGACAGAAGUUCUGCUCAUUUCCUGGUCUGUGAGGCAUUCCCAGCAGCUAAGGUAGCUUCCUUCCUUAGACAACAUGAGUGUAGGAAGAGUUAGGCCCUGUCGGGGGUCUUUAGAAUUCCACUUACACGUCUGUGAGCACAUGGGCCCAUCCAUAUUCCUCAGUCCACCCGGUAACUGGGACACCAGAGCUGCAAAGGCAGUAGCUCAGUUAGGACUUGGAUGCCAGCUCGGCAUCUCAGCUGUUACCUAGGAAUGUGCAGAACUCGACCUGGUUUUUUUUUUUUUUUUUUAGGUUUUAAGUAAUCUCUACGACCAAUGUGGGGCUCGAACCUGGAAAUCGAGUCACAUGCUCUACUGACUGAGCCAGCCAGGUGCCCCGAGAUGGUCCCUUGUUUUAUUAAUGCUUUGAUAGUGAAUAUGUGAGACUUACUAGCUCCUUGCCCUUGAAUUGAUGAACAGCAUACUUAUAUACAGUAAUAACCUAAAUUGAUCCAAAUUUGUAAAAACUUUACCUGUACUAGGGAAAUACCACUUUAGAGGGCAUACUACAGAGUCAGAAGUCCUUGAGGAUGUGUUUUUUGGGAAAAGACAACAAUUGUCUUUUUAUAGUUCAUUCUUAAGCUGAUCCUUCUGAAGUGUAUGAAAAGAUAUUUUUUCAGCUCACAGUCCCCUUGUAAGAAGAUUUCUCUGAUUUUGCUUGAUAAACUCUUUCUUCUUCAGCGGUAGACUCCCAGUGUUUCCCACCUCGACCCUUCUCACACACAUGAUGAGAUGAUACCAGUGAGGAGAUGAGCACAUUUCUGAUUUGUGACUGGCAACAGGUAGGUUUCUAAGUCUCCCUCAGAGCAAGUGUCGUGGGCCAUAAACCCCAAGGUGGGAUUUCUUACAAAGACUCCCAGGGCAAGGCCGCCCUCUGAGGGCAGGCCGGCGGCUGCUUGGGACGCUGGAGAGUCAGCCGACUGACCGCCUUACCACAAAAGGACGAUUUGUCCUUUGGGUGAUUUAGAUUCAGAGUGUUUAUCUGUUGCCAAGAAUCAAGUCGCAAAUAAUUCCCUCACAGCUUUGGUUUUUGAAGAAAAAACAAACUGUAGAACCACAGUGCACUCCAAGUGCCAUAGAUCUAUUUUAUUUUUCAGGAAAUUAGAUUUGUUUUUCUUUUACAAGAGCACAACAGGAACCAAAGUAAAAGAGUAAUAGAUACAGCACUCAGGAUAAAUCAUAUCUUUAAAAUAAUAAUAAAAAAAUUUACACCUUGUCCUAUAUCCUGUUAGUAUUUUCAUAAUAUGGCCAUGAUUGAAAAAACAAAAAGCAAGCAUUUACAAUUUUUUUUGAUAGAGAUUUUUAUGCCAGGAAUGGAUUAAAACUUUAUACUAAUCAGGCUGAUGUAAAUCUAUUUUGGUAACAUCGUAUCAUUAACAAAUUUAUUUUGGAAAUAGAUAAAAAUAUUGCCCCUUGAUAAUAAAUCUUUUUUUUUUCCUUUGAUGCAAACAGCUAGAACACCUUUUUCUUUUCCUUUUGAUAUUCUAAGACAAAAAAAAAAUGGUUAAUCUUCAGAUUAAUAAAUUAGGUCAUUAUAAUAAUAAAUUAAUUUUUUUUUAAAGUUCAGCAACCUCUGUCCAAGUAUUUACAACAAUACUUGAAAGUUCCUUUACAAAACAGAACACAUUUUCUUUUCACAUUAAGCAUACUGGGUAUCUGUGUCUUUCUCAACAAGCAUUUUAAAAAGAAAAAUCAAUGCACAAAUGGGUAAUUAGUAUAAAAGUGCUGAGAGCUGUUUGAAAAGUUAACACUAUAGGAUACAGU